AUGGAGCACCAGGGCAUGGCAUCGAGGAAUGUGAAACCUUCAAAUUCAAACAGGAGCAUCUGGUUCACAAUGGAGAGAUUUGAGUUGUACUCCCUCCGUGUUGCUAAGAAGCUAGAUGAAAAAUCUAAAUUGGCCAAUGCCGCUAAAGAAACAUCUGCUGAAGCAAGGAGGCCUCCUCUGCCGUUUGCAUCUUUGAGUUUUCUAGUGCCUGACCAUUUUCCCGCUUACCCUACUAGAACCGCACCAUCCACCCAGAAUCCACUCACUGCUGAACAUAUUGAAUCAGGUGAUACAAAAGUUACAGUUCAGGAUACAGCGACAUCAUCCUUAGUAGCUGAGGUUAAGGAACACCAGUAUGAGGACCCUUCUUUGGUUCAGUAUAGGGAGACAGCCCCACAGAAAAAGAAGUCACCCUUUGAGAUUUCUAGAGACGGAGUUCUCAGUUAUCGAGAAAGAUUGUGCAUUUCGAAUGUUGCAGGAUUACGUCAGCAGAUUAUGGCAGAAGCUCAUUAUUCCCACUACUCUAUUCAUUUAGGGUCGAUGAAGACGUACCAUGAUAUCAGAGAGAUUUACUUGUGGAAUGGUAUGAAGAAAGAUAUAGCAGAGUUUGUGGCCCAAUGCCCUAAUUGUCAGCAGGAUGUCCAAGUUAUAAAGCAGUUAUCCUACGAGGAAGUCCCUGUUUCUAUUCUAGAUCGCCAGAGAAGGUUCAGGCUGCGAUACCAUCAUCUUCAGGUUGGUAGUAAUGCGAUUACAGAGAAGAAUCGGCUGAAAUUUUUUAAACUUCUGAAGGUUUAA